AUGCCUUUUAAAUCACUUGAAACAGUCGUAUUUGGCGCACUCAACAAAAUAGGCGAGCUUAAGAUCCACCAAACAGUCCCAGAACUCCGCGUGGUCGACCUGUCGGAUCAAAGUCGUCUCGUGUCAAUUCUGCUCGAUAACUCGGCGUUUGUGCUUCGAGAGAUGGCACUUAUGGAGUUUUUAGUCGCUUUUCCUUCGAAAUUUCGUCACCCUUCACACCAACAACUCCGUCGACAUCCCUCAACUUCGCUAAAUAUCGAUCAGGACUCUAGUGCAUGGGUUGAAUCAUCCAUAAGUAAGGCCAGUGUGCGAUAUGCAUCCACAUGGACGUCGACAGGCGUGCUGGUCGGCUCGAUGCCUAUCACGUCUGUCCUUCCCGUGUCCGGUCGCACCAUACAAGCAGGUCCCGACCAAGAGAAGGAAGGAGAGGAAUACAUACCACUCAUCAGUCUCGCCCUCGGGCCAUUUGACGGCGGCCCAGUCAAGGCAGCAUUCAACGAGAUUGCGUCGAGUCGAAUGUACAGAUCUAAAGCGCGUAGUACACUCUGCACGGCAUUUCUGGACGGACUAUUGGAUCUUUGGGCGUGUAUUCUGACGGUUUGUAUCACACCCGAAGGUGCGAGAGUCAGGUCAAGGGAAUCUAAUAUGGACAUAGAUCCUCCGUUGGCAGUGCAGGAGCCCCCCUCCCCGCCUCGCCAGGUGCCCAGUAGAGUCACCAACGUAGGUUCGGUCGAGGGAGCACGUCCCGUUCCACCGAGCAACGCUCGCCCUAGACAAGAAGGCACCAGUAACAACUCUCGUGACACUUCCACCGCGAGUGACCAACCCGUGGACAGGAGCACGAACCGUAUGCAGCUAGACGAGGAGAUGGAAAGAGUCCUCCAGUUCAAUGAAGUGGGGUGCGACGAGUGUAUGAUCCACGACACGGAGUGCAUCCUCGUCAAUCCAUGCGCGAGCACACAACCACCAACGUUGUCCAAAGAAUACGAAGCGCGUGUGCGAUCUAAAAUCAAAUCGUGCGCCAAUUGCCGUGUCCGACACUAUCAGUGCCGCUGGGAUGAUAAUCGUGUCCGGGAGCUUGCGGUCGACCUGUUGAUACAAAGUAGACGACCGAUGCGGCGUGCGGGAUCAAGGGAGGCGCUGACCGCUGAAGAAGAGGCGAAAACCGAAGGCAUCUGGACGAAGAAUGUCAAAACCCAUGGAGCUGUUGGUCAAUCACCUGCGCCAAGGGAGAAGCAGCAUGUUCAGGGCAUCAAGAUGGUAAUCAGGAAGCGACGGCUACCCAAGUUUGAGGCACUCUACCCGACCUCGUCCUCUAGUCCAUCAUCCUCUUCGAGUUUUUACAAAGGCGAAGAAGAAGAAGUUCAGACUGAUGGAAUGCCGCGUGCAAGACUUGGGACCGAUUCGAGUUUACCUCAGCCACAAUCGAUGCGGAUGCGCGUCUUCUUUGCGGGACGAGACCGACUUGAAUAG